AUGGUGAACAACGGUUGGGGCCUGGCAGGAUUCGCAAAGGGUAGGACCCCGACCCCCCCUAAUUAUAUAGCAGCAUUGCAAUUUGCAAAACCAUCAUCAGAUUCAUUUUAUGUUGGUGUGCAAAGCUGGUCAGCUAGGAAGUGUGAUGAUAAAUCUUGUGCAUUUUUAUUAUCAAGCUCUGGAAGUGGCGGCAGACCUGAAGAAGAGAAGGAUCCUGUGAGCAUGAGCAGGCAGUUUCCCAAUACUACUGUGGGCGUCAUCGCUGGUCUUUCACCCCUUUCUACGCUGGGUUUCUUGGAGAAGCUGGUCAGAUGGAGUUCCGCUGAUGAUGGAGGAGGAGGAGGAGGAGGAGGUAUGAGCCCUCCUUUCAUCGUCUCCAAUGAUCCAGUGCGGCUUUCCAACUACGAAAGGGACAGGUUAAACAUAAAUCCCAAGAACGGCAGGCACGGGCGCUUGGACCCGGGUCCUGUUGUGGAGAAACUACGCCAGCAGAGGCUCUUCCUUGAGAGGUCCGGUGCUCGAUGCAUCGUCAUGCCUUGCCACAUCUCCCAUUCCUGGUUCAACGACAUAGCCUAUGGUUGCUCUGUGCCUUUCCUGCAUGCCGCUCACUCUGUUGCCACGGAACUCAAAGCAUCCAACUUGAGGCCCGUUCAAACUGGAACCAAUGUCUGCAUUGGCAUUCUUGGCACCCAGACCAUCAUUGAUUCCGGUUUCUAUCAAAGCAGCCUCAACAGCCAGGGUUUUGAGGUGAUGGUGCCUGAUAAAGCAACCAUGGAGCAUACAGUAAUCCCAGCCAUGGAGGCAUAUCACAGAAAGGAUAUAGAAGGCGCCAGAAAUCUUCUCAGAAUUGCCCUCCAACUUCUUCUGGUGAGGGCUGUUAGCACUGUCAUCCUCGCAUCAGAUCACUUGUGCGGUCUUCUACCUCACCAUGAUCCCCUCUGCCACAAAUGCAUUGACCCUAUGGAUGCUCUUGUCAGAUCCACUAUACAAUGGGCUCGAUCAGCCUCAACUUCUUCUGGUGAGGGCUGUUAACACUGUCAUCCUCGCAUCCGAUCGCAUGUGCGGUCAUCUACCUCACCAUGAUCCACUCUGCCACAAACGCAUUGACCCUAUGGAGUGUGGAUGCUCUAAUCAGAUGGACUAGCCAAAUUGCUCAGCCAAAAUAAAAUGGCAGAUUUUUUAAAUUUAAAAAAAAAAAAAUUCUCAAACAGUAAAUCCCUGAAUUUAUCAGUAGUAGUGCCUCUGUUGAAUUGGGUUUAUUUAUCUUGUUUCUUAUCCCUUCUAAGGGACCAGAAUCAGAAAAUGCAAGUUCCUAUAAAAAUAAAAACUAAAAAAUAAAAAGUGAAUUAAGCUUCUAAA